CGUAAGUAUUUUAUCAACUUUACAGUUUACAGUCUUUACUAGCAGUUUUAUGAGUUUUGAACUUCUACACGAAUUUAAUAAUUUUACUGAUUUCUAACAUAAUUUGUAUUGCUUUUGGAAAUAUUUAACAGUUGGAGACUGGAGAGCCAUGUGAGAGUUAACUGCUGCGCGAAAGUUUUCAGUGGGUUUUGCUGAAACCUGAUUCUGAUGGAGUGAUGGUUUACCGUGGACUGUGAUCUGUUCUUUAGAAUUCACCGCCGCUGCUUUAGAUCUGUCGUCGAGCCACGGAGCAAUGUUAUCUGCAGGUGCAAAAUGUUUUUGCCGUCCAUUUCGCAAUCGUUUUCGCUAUUCCCUGUCAUCCUUGGCGGGGAGUACCAAAGCGCUUUCAGCUACGGAGGACACAAAGCCCUCGAAUGUCCCGUUAGGUCCUCACAGCGAGCCCAGCGAAAUCGCUGCACAGAAUGAAUAUUUGCGCGGCGUGCUUAUCAGCCUUGGGUUGACGGCUCACCUUGGUCCGAAUUACAAACCUGAUCCUCUGCUAAGGCAGCAGCUGACGGUUGACAACCAGAAGGAGGUGCUGGAAGCCACGAUGACACCGCUUGUGAGAAUGCCGUACGAAGAUCAGUUACGAUUUAAAUACCUUCGUAACAGGAAUUUGGUGCGAAAUAUAUCUAAAACUCUCGCGAAGCGAAUCCCUGACGUUUAUUUGGACCCAGAUGGGCUUAUAUGUCCUGUGGAUCCAAUUAUUCCCUCGCCAGUUACGGAAAACUUCCGGAAUAAGGAUGAGCUGAGCAUUGGACGAAGCGUAGAUGGUCAGCCUAAGCAGUUAGGCUAUUACGUUGGGCGAUCGAAUGAGAACAACGCAGUUUCAAUUUUUCCGGACACCUUGAUAAAUAUGAAAGAUAGUCACAGACUGGUUGCAGAGAAAUUUCAAGAAUAUAUGCGGAUAUCACAGUAUGAUGGCAUUGAGAUCACCAGCGCAGGUGCUUUUGGUCAUUGGAAAAGUGUAAUUAUCCGAUCGAACAUUGCUGGAGAGCUCAUGGCCAUUGCAAUUAUGCAUCCCCAGUCGCUUUCCCAAGACGAACUUAAUGCCGAAAAACUACGGUUGAAGGAGUUUUUUGUUAAUGGUCCUGGAAGUGUAUGCCGGCUCAAGAGUCUUUAUUUUCAAGCUUGCCCGCAUCAUAUUUGUUCGCCCCUUCAGGCCCGAUACGAGCUUCUGUUUGGCAAAGAUAAUUUGAUGGAACAAUGUGGAAAUUACAAGUUCAGAGUAUCUCCAAAUUCUUUCUUCCAGCUGAACACCCAAGCAGCGGAGGUAUUGUACAAAAAGAUUGGCGAAUUUCUCAAGCCAAACCGAGAAUCAAUUCUGCUGGAUGUUUGUUGUGGAACAGGAACAAUUGGACUGUUUUUGGCUUCGAAGUUCGACAAAGUUAUUGGGGUUGAGAGGGAACUUCUUGCUGUAGGUGAUGCGAACUUCAACGCUGACUUGAAUGGAAUCAUUAAUGCAACAUUUUACUGUGGAAAUGCCACUAAGUUAAUACCUCGCAUAUUGAAGGACAAAUCGAAUACGUACAGCUCAGUUUCCGCUGUCGUAAAUCCUGGCAGAGCCGGUUUGCCGGUGGAAGUCAUUAAUGCACUCAGAAAUUCUCCAGAGGUCGAUCGAGUUGUAUACGUAUCCUGCAAACCGAUAGCGAAUGCUAUGAGAAACAUGAUUGAUCUCUGUUUACCGCCAUCGAAGAAUCUGAUUGGCGAACCUUUCUAUCCAGUCCGAGCUGUGCCGGUAGAUUUGUUCCCGCAUACCGAUCACUGUGAGCUGGUUAUCCUUUAUGAGCGGAAUCGGUUAUAUUUUAUCUAACAAUUCUUUUGAUCUGCCAGCUGCUGCAGUUAUUGUUAUUCUAUUGGUUUUCAAAGUUGUGAUACGUGUAGUGCGGAUAAUCUGAAGUUUGUAUCACGCUAAAAUGAAAAUUUAGCUGCCGAGCUUGACGUUGUUGUCCUGUUUCGAUAAAUUUGUUGGUACAGACGUGCUCGGGUGUGUAGCAGAUUCCCAGCUGGUACCCUUGAAAUAAUAAAAGCUGGUUGACAAUGACAA